AUGCGAACCAAGCUCGUGAAGGCCCGGCCACACUCCGAUCAGAAGCCGGCUUUUUCGAUUCACCAAGACGACCAACAUAGUAUGACAUCUCCCUUAGACUCCUCGUCUGUGACCGUCGUACCACCCGAAACAGUCUUGCCCACAACAUCAAGCAAGCAGACGCCGACUAAGGCGUCGAGGUCCCUGCAUGAGCGUCCCUCGCCCCGGUCAACGCUCUCCCUCGCGUCCCAAGGCACCGUCAACUCCGCCAUGUCACGGAUAGUCACAAGCGGAUCCAACGGAAAAGCGGUCCUUCCCGCAGCCGCCCCUUCUCUUUCUCCCCGGGCUCCAAACCGCAUGAACUCAACUAUCCGGGCCGUACCGAGUUACAACGAUAGGCAAAGGCAGUCAGAGGAAGAUUCUGGCACCGAGGGAACACAGUCGCACUCCACAUCGCGGGAUUCAAAAUUCUCCAGUUCACUAAACAGUACUAUCAGCAUGACAUCUUCCAAUUCGCAGCAACGGAUACAAGCAGCAACAUCUACUGGGAUACCAAGAAAGCCUUCGUACAACAAAUUGAAAUUAAGCGCCGCCGAAAUGCCGCAGACCAGCAACACCAAUGACGGCCAGCCUGACGAGUCGCCCCAAUCCAAUCGAAACCGACCGAGCGCCAGCGAUAUCCCCAUACGCGAGAGCAGCCUCAAUGCCACCGCUACUGCCACCGAUCCCAGGAGUGGCCCCAACGAUGCGUCUAUCAGUGCUACGGAAGCUUCACUGUCGAAUGGCUGGGACAACUCGGUUGGUAAAGCGGGGUUGGGCAAGACGGGCAGAGUCAUCAAUAAGUUGGUGUCAGACAACGAGUCGCUGAAGCGCGAUAUUCAAAUUGAACGGCUGCGGGCCGAUGAAUCCCGGCAAGAGGCGCGCCUGUUGGAGGAUAAAUUGGAACGGGUUGUCUCCGAUUACGAGUCGCGUUUGCUUGAAGCUAAUGUCACCAAGACGCUGCUGGCACAUAAGGAGCGCCAGGUGAUAUCCCUUCAAGAUACAGUCGAGCUAGAGCGGCAGCGGGCGGUUGAUGCGGCUGGGCGCGAGCGCGUGUGGAAGGACGAAAUGGAAACAGCGCGCGCAGACGCCAAACGCCAAGUUGAGGAGGCUACCAACUAUGCCGCCCUGUGUGAGGGUCGCUACAACGCCAUCAGCGGCCACUGGAAGGACCAAGGGGUGGAAGUCAAGCGGGCCAUGAGCAAGAUGCGGCAGGAAGUCCAAGAGCUGAUGGUGGAGAGGAAGAAGGAUGACGAAAAGAUCGAGACACUCCGCGAGCUGUGCGACCAACAAGACGGGAACAUUCGGGAGCUGCGGACCCAAAAGGAAGACAUCGCAAGGCAGUUUGAGCAGUACAAGGCUGAGCAGGAGCAGUGGUUGCGAGAUAUCAAGCGGAAAGCGGACGAGAGGGAACGCGAGCAAGAACGGACGCUGCAAGAAGCUCGGGACGCGCUGGAUAAGUUAAGGUGGGCCUUGAAUGUCAAGGAGAAGAUCAAGUGGGCGCAGUGA